AUGAGCAGCACUCAGGAGCUUAGUACGGCUUGUGCAGAACAGACCAAGGAAGUUGUUUCUAGGAAGUCUUCUGCCUUAUUGGAGUCUUUUAGCAUCUCCUUUGAGAUCCUUGCUGGAGAAAGCAUUCUUGAAUUUGUGGAAAAACCUUGUCCACUGGCAACACCCCAGGGAGACAAAGCAAUAUUCUGCGCUAAACUUAAAAGUAAACCAAAGCCUAAUGUGACAUGGAAAAGAGAGAAUGAUACAGAUAACUACAAGUGUGUAGUGUCCAAUACCCACACUGAUGCCAUCUACACUGUAUCCUUGAUCAUGACUAAAGAACUGAAACCACUGAAAGUGACUGAAAGACGGACAGCGGUGUUUGAAAUCUGCCUGCCAAUGCAAAACUUCACCUAGAAGUUCAAUGGGAAAGAGUUGAAGUGGGAUGGUAAGUAUGAAAUCAUGACAACUGAUGAUGGAUUGGCCCACAGUAUGAAAAUUAAGGAUGUUCUGCCCAGUGACUUUAAAGAAUGCAGUAUUGAGACUGGAGAUCUAGUGCAGAACUCUGCACUCUUCAUUGACCAUACGGGAUCUGGGAUCCCAGGCGAUCUCAAGAACACCCAAGUGAUAAAGAAGGGAAAAGCCUGCCUGGAGUGUGUGCUGACUUCUGAAGAUGUCACCCUGAAGGGGAUGUAGAAUGGACGAGUGAUUGAGAUCACCUCAGCACAUCAGGAAGCAGAAGGGAAGAGAGCAGAGCUUAUCAUUAAUGCUGCUGAGCUGAGUGACUCAGGAGAUCGUAAGCUAUGCAAGACAGUGACCCUAAUGAGCAGUACAGCAGUGCCAUACGUGUGUGACGUUCAUGCUCUAACUGGGGAUCCUGCUGAGCUCUGUAUGGUCCUGAAUGACGCGAAGGUGGAAGGAAUAUGGCUCAAAUCUUCUUGUCGGAUUACAGAGAUGAAAAGGAUCUGGAUAGGGAAGCAGCGAGCCAUCCACAAACUCAUCAUUGGCAGAAUGGGAGAAGAGCAUGAAGGGAGGUACACAUUCAGAGCUAAGGGCGCAGAGAGUGGAGCGACAGUUGCCAUUGGAGAUUCUCCUGUUAUUGAAGAAUCUGUCCUUGAGCUUUUUGCUGCACACAGCAUUAGUGCGAAGACUAAGCAUACAGCAAGCAUCAAGGUGCCUUUCAAGGCAAAGCCACUGCCCAAAGUCACACGGUUCAAUGAUGGUAUUGAGGUGACAGAGGAAGGGAAAGUGGUGAUGGCGAAAGCCAGUGACUGCGUUACAAUCAAAACCGUGAGAAAAGACAGUGGAGCCAUUAUGCUGAAUCUGAAACACGACUGUGGCUCGGCUUCUGACAAUCCUUACCUCAACUUUGUUAACAAACCAAAACCCCCACCAGGGAAAGCAGAGUUCCUGCAACACAUGGGGAAGUGUAAAAUGAGAUGGAAAGCACCCAAAGGCAAUGGAGGAAAGCAGGUGACUCACUUUGUUAUCAAGAGGAGGAUGGCUGGAAAAAAAUCGUGGAUCAAAGUAGGGGUGGUGGAGAGCAACUACACCACAUUUGCUACAGAGAAGGUGGAGGAAGGGAGAGCCUACUAAUUCAGAAUAUGUGCCAUCAACUCUGAGGGCCUCAUCAAGCCCCUGGAAAUGGAAGAAAUUUUUGCUGGAGAACCUAUUAAGCCUCUGAGACUGGUGUCUCAGCCUCAAGUUGUAGAUGUCAGGAAAGAAGAUGUCACCAUCACCUGGAACUUCCCAGCCCAGUGCAAGGUUACAUCAUAGAAAAAAAGGAAGAAAGGCAGCAAUCUUUGUGUCCCAAUCACCAAGGAGCUAGUCCAAGGUACCGGGUUCAAAGUGGAUGGUUUUCUGGAGGAUACAGAUGAGUUCUGUGUGAUAGCUAUGAAUCGUGCAGGCCCUGGCUUUCUCAGCAUGCCCUCAACCUCCGUGGCAAGGGAUCCCAUCAAGCCUCCAGGACUGCUGAAGGUGGUGGAUUUUUCCAACUCCAGCAUCUUAGCCUGGCAGCAGCCAGAUCAGGGAGGCGUGCUGUCAGGAUACAUACUAGAGAUGUGAGCUGAGGACACCAAGAAAUGGACAAAAUGCACCAAGAUCCCUCUCUCUAGUACCACUUACACUGUAGGAGGCCUGCAGGAAAGCAAAUACUACUUCUGAACCUGAACUGUAAAUGAAGCUGGUGUUGGAGAAGCAGCGGAGUUACAGGAAGGAAUUCUAGCAAUGCCACCUUCAGUUUCCACUUUGGAACUACACAACCAGUCUGUGCAGCAUGGCGUUGUUACCACAUCUCCAAAUAGAGAAACACCAAAAAAUCCCAGAGAGACUGCAGGCUCCAGACAAAUUUGUCUGGUGUGGAAUGGCAACGUACAGUACAGUACUGAAGAGUUUGACCUGACUGUGAGGCUGAAGAGCCACAUGGUGGUUUGUGCUGGGACAGCACCAUACAUUCAUACAUCUUUCCCUGUGAGAUUCUGUGUUGUGUCCUCCAAGCCAGCUCUAUGCACUGGCUGCAGUGACACUGGGGACACUGAACCUCUGGAUUCACAGGAGCAGUGGCACGUCUCCAAAGACAGAGGGUGUUUUGACUUCAAGAUGGAGUAUCCCAGGAAGGACUGUGCUUCCCAUUUCAUCACCCGACUGAAGAACCACAGCAUGAGUCAUGGCAACAACUGCCCUGUGAGUUGUGCUUUCAUCAGCAAACCCCACCCAACAGUGACCCUGUACAAGGGCAAUAUUAGCAUCAUGUCCAAGUCUAAUUUGUGGUUCAACUCAACAAGCAGCAUCUGUCUGCUUAUGAUCCCUACAGCUUGCAGCUGCAAGCUGAUCGUCUGUGAGAAAGGCCCUCGUGCCUGUUGGUGUUCUCUUAAAGGGAACAAGAGAGAGACGCUGCCAGGCACAGCUUGA